AUGUCUAGUUAUAAACCACCUCGAGAGCCUAGAGCACUUCCACGUGAUCUAGACGGCAAACCUCGUAACAAAGUUAUCGAUGAGGUCUUUGAUAAGAACCGGGAUCAUAGGGUGGAUACCAAUAGCACCGAGAAUAUCCUCAUGGGUAUGAUGAGCAACAUCGAUUGCGUGAGCGACUAA